AUGAACUGCAAGCGCAGGCGGGGCGGGGCAGACAGGGCGUCUUAAACGGCGUGACGCGCCGGGCGGCCACAUCGGGCUUUGCGAUCCAAGUGCCGUGGCUCGCGCCUAGCGGACGCUGUCAGGUCUCUGUACUUCCAUUCCUAAAGGACCCACACAAUGUUUUCCAAACUAGCAAGUUUGCAGUCUGUUGCUGCUCUGAGGCGAGGAAUCCAUGCCUCAGUCGCCUCUACCGCAUCUGUUGCAACUAAGAAGACAGUCCAAGGCCCACCAUCCUCUGAGUACAUUUUUGAACGGGAAUCUAAGUAUGGUGCACAUAAUUACCAUCCUUUACCUGUAGCCCUGGAGAGAGGAAAAGGCAUCUAUGUGUGGGAUGUAGAAGGCAGGCAGUACUUGGACUUCCUGAGUGCUUAUGGUGCUGUCAGCCAAGGACACUGCCACCCCAAGAUCAUAAAUGCUAUGAAGAGUCAGGUGGACAAACUGACCUUAACGUCGCGUGCUUUCUAUAACAACGUCCUUGGUGAAUAUGAGGAGUACAUUACCAAGCUUUUCAACUACCACAAAGUUCUUCCGAUGAAUACAGGAGUGGAGGCUGGAGAGACUGCCUGUAAGCUUGCUCGUCGUUGGGGCUACACCGUGAAAGGCAUCCAGAAAUACAAAGCAAAGAUUGUUUUUGCUGAUGGAAACUUUUGGGGUCGAACAUUGUCUGCAAUCUCCAGUUCCACAGACCCGACCAGUUAUGAAGGCUUUGGACCUUUCAUGCCAGGCUUUGAAACUAUCCCAUAUAACGAUCUGCCUGCACUGGAGCGUGCUCUUCAGGAUCCCAAUGUUGCCGCCUUCAUGGUGGAGCCCAUCCAGGGUGAAGCAGGUGUUAUUGUUCCAGAUCCAGGAUACCUGACGGGUGUUCGAGAGCUCUGCACCAGGCACCAGGUCCUGUUUAUCGCUGAUGAAAUACAGACAGGAUUGUCCAGAACUGGUAGAUGGCUGGCUGUGGAUCAUGAGAAUGUCAGACCUGACAUAGUUCUUCUCGGGAAGGCCCUUUCUGGUGGCUUAUACCCUGUGUCUGCAGUGCUGUGUGAUGACGAGAUAAUGCUGACCAUUAAACCAGGAGAACACGGCUCCACCUACGGCGGCAAUCCACUAGGCUGCCGAAUUGCCAUUGCAGCUCUUGAGGUUUUAGAAGAAGAGAAUCUUGCUGAAAAUGCAGACAAGAUGGGCUCCAUCUUGAGAAAGGAGCUCAUGAAGCUGCCCUCUGAUGUUGUGACUUGUGUAAGAGGGAAAGGAUUGCUAAAUGCCAUCGUCAUCAGAGAAACCAAAGAUUGCGAUGCUUGGAAGGUGUGUCUGCGACUCCGAGAUAAUGGUCUCUUGGCCAAGCCAACCCAUGGCGAUAUCAUCAGGUUAGCCCCUCCACUUGUAAUCAAGGAGGACGAGAUCCGGGAGUCAGUGGAAAUCAUUAACAAGACCAUCUUGUCCUUCUGAGAGCAGGAACUGCGCAGUGGCCCCUGGGAGUCAUUUUCAGACGGGCUUCUUGUGAAGCUCUGCUCACAGCGGCCAGAUCCCACUUGUCUGUCUCUUUAAAGACAUUUUUUUGGAUACAUAUAUAUAUUUUUCAGUUGAUGCAUAGUGGAGUGACACUUAGGAACUGCAGUGGUCGUGUACCAGAGGAACGAGAGUGAGUGGCAUCUCUCUCAAGUGUUGACUGUGGGAACUAUCUAAGGGGAAGCGCCACCAUCUGUACACGGCCUUCAGAUCCAGUCCUGCAGUCGUUGACAUACGUUUUUAUAAUUUCCUUGCUGGUGUGAAUGUUUUGUAUUCAAAAGUUAUUUCUACGUAAGAGACUUGCUUAACAUCAUGCAGUUGAAUUGUUAUAAUCAGUGAAUGUUAAAAUGAUUGAAGGUUAAGCAUUUGUUAAAAUACUAGUUUCAAGUAAACUUUGCAUUGGCCAAUAUCAGAAUGUAUUGUAUAGAUUCUGAGAAUUCAUUCCUAAAAUUUCACUUAAAGUGCUCGACUGCAAUUUGUAAAACAUUUAUUUUCAGUAUUUCUUUGAAUAAAGCUUGAUUUUUCUUUUUACCCCAACAGAGUAUUUUGUAUUUCCAUAUUGGUAAUAAUCAGUGUGUUUCACCCUUAUUACUGGCAUUUCAUUUCCUCUUGAGACCAGGCUUUUCAUUCUAAAUAAAGCUAUGAUUACUUCA